AUGGAGCGACGCUCGGGCUUGUGGCUCCUGUUAGAGGAGGAGACAGAGGAGAAGUUUUCUCUCGUCUCUCAGAACGUCUCCUCAGCAGCAGGAAGUGACAUCACACACUGUGACACACCUGUGGAGCCUGACUCCACCUCCAGCUUGCUGCCCUCUGCACCUCCAUCUGAGACUCCGCCCUCCACCGCCUCCUUCGUCACCACGCCAGACUCCGCCCCCGACCGAGACACAGUUCUGCCAGUGAUGCUCACACCUGUCGGCGUCAUGGGAACGGCUGCUCAGAGACACGCUCUCCUACAACAUGCUAGGGGGCGGGGCUCGUUUGACGAUAUCAGCCCCGAACUGCCGCCAAAGAAGCCCCUCCUUCUGCAGGAGAGAGGGGCGGAGCCAGAGGAGGAGGGGGCAGCAUCAGAGGGGGUGAGGAGGAGGAGGAGACAGAGAGGAGCCCGCAGCCUCCCCCCUCGACUCCUCCUCCCACCUCUGCAGGGGGGGGGCAGGGCUCUCCUCCUCCAGCUGAAGGGGCUCAGAGAGGCUCCAUCCCCUGUACAGGUAGGAGCAGAAGGGGGCGGAGCCAGAGCCCUGUGGAGGUCGGUGUUCUCUGGAAACAGGAAGGAGAAGAAGUGGGGCGGGACUUUACCUGCAGAGAGGGUGAAGAAGGACCCAGCCAAUCAGAGGAGAGCUGCAGACGCGAGAGGAGGUCUGACAGAAGAGUCGGAUCUGGACUCAUCGGAUCUGCUGCAGAGGUGUUCGCUGAAACCCAGAAACAAUAGACGCUCUCGCAAGGACAGAGUCCCCCUCCAGGACUCUGAAGGACGGUCCUCUUGUACCACAGAAGUGGUGGGGGUCCUGGUCCAGCCGAAGGAGCCGUCUAGUCUGAGCGUAAAGGAGGAGACCAUGUUCCAGAGGGGACGAGAGGACGAAGACCUGGAUGCCAAAAUCACCCGACGAGUUCAGAGAGCUGUUAGAAGAAAGGCCAAACAGGAGCAGCUGAAGAGACUCCACAAAGCUCAGAUGAUCCAGAGGCAGCUGCAGCAGGUGGAGGAGAAACAGAGACAGCUGGAGGAGCGAGGAGUGAUGGUGGAGAAAGCUCUGAGAGGGGAAGCAGAUUACUGGGGAGACAACAACGACGGGCAAGACAUCGAACUUCACCUGGGAGGACUGGGUAAACUGGAUAAUCCGGCCCUGAUGCAGCAGUGGUUCCAGUUGGUCCAGCAGAAAAACUCUCUGGUUCGAUAUGAAUCUGAACUCAUGAUUUUUGCUCGGGAGUUGGAGCUGGAGGACCGACAGAGUCGACUGCAGCAGGAGCUCAGAGAGCGGAUGGCCGUGGACGACCACCUGAAGGAGGACUGGGAGCUGCUGGAAGAGCGUCUGAUCCUGGAGGAGAUGUUGGAGGUGGUGGAGCAGAGAGACUCCCUGGUGUCUCUGCUGGAGGAACAAAGAGUGCAGGAACGGCAGGAAGACCAGGACCUUGAGGAGGUCAUGAUGAACCGAGGAAUGGGACUCAGCUGGACCUGAACCUGGGGGGUUUUCUGUAAAAACCUGAACUGGUCUGCAGUGAUGUCAUAAUAACUACAAAACUGACUUUAUCGAAGCAAAGAUUGAUGUCAAAACCAUUUCACGUUACUGUGAUUCCAUGAAACCAGGAAAACCUUCCCAACAGUCCAGACCUGUUUCUGGACCUGAUCUGAAGCGGACUUGUGGAAACCCAAACCAAACUUCAGUCCUUCUUCUUCCAAUCAAAUGUGCCAGGUCAGGCCCAGAACAAUAGCUUCCCAACUGAGUUUGACUAAUUGUUCAAUAAAUUAACUGAAUAAAUUUAAAUGAACUCCUUUGUGAUGACGGACAUCAGACCUGAUGAGUCUGCAACAGUUUCUGACACUGGAUGUUAGCUAAUAAGCUAAAAUAGCUUCCCCUCUUUUGACUCUCCGGCUUGCCGUCCUGUCAGGAUGGCUUGCUGGGUAAAUGCAGCUGGUGUGUGAACUCGGCACGUCUCUUUAAAAUUAAACACCAGAAUUUAAAAAGUUUAAAUAAACUAAAUUAUGUUUAAACUAGUUGUUCUGACGGUUAGCAUAUCCACCAGCCAGCAGGGGGCGCUGCUCGGUUACUGUCAGUCACCUCCAUUGGAACCAUUUAGAUCUCUUUUGAUCCAACAACACAUGGAGCACGUGGCGUUUGCUGUUGAGCUAAUCCCUAACAUGCUAGUUUGAUGGAAACAUGCUAGUGCUAGCCAGCCAUAAUAGCCUGCCAAAUUAGCUAGCACGCGUGACGUAGUGCUAACUACCAGUUAGGGGAGCAUCUAUGUUCUGUAUGUUCUUAUUAUGAAACAUUAAGAGACCUUCAAAGGGUUUUAUGUUCGCAGCAACUCGCUCCUCUCCUGGCCUCGCCCGAACCCGGUCUGUCCUGGUCUGAACCGCUGCAAAUCACCCAGUACUGUAUUCCCUGUCGUCAGUCUGGCCUCCGUCGGUCUCAGAGACUGUGUUCGGACCCAGUCCAUGUUCACAGGGAGGCUGCUGAGCCUGGUUCCCUAGUGCGCUCAAUCGGCUCUGGUCUGGUACUAAGUCUGGCGCCCCUCUCCUCGCCCUGGGCCUUAAAACCUCCUCCUCCCAGAGGUCCAAAGCUCCCGUACUAGUGGUGUAAACCAACACCGACCCUCCCCGGGUGCUCCGACCUCCCAGGCCGGGUAGAGUCCGCUAACAGGGUUAGCAGCAGUCCACCGACACGUGACCCAAAAGGUCCGUGUUGCAACAACCCUCUGAUACUGCCAUCGUUCAGAGUUUCAGGUUUUAGUUGCCGACUGAAGGGGCCCCAGUUUUUUCCAGGUGAAAUGUUCAGUUUGUGUUUCCCCAGGUCAGGAUGUGGGAGUUAGUUUGUAGCCUACUGAUGUUCCUCUGCCUGAAACCCAAACCCUGAGAUUGUGGCGAAGACUUUAGACGCUGUCCACAGUGGCUGAACAGAUUUUUACCACUGCAUUUAAACCGUCCACCCCGCUUCGAUCUCUGACAUAGGACCCUGGGAGCUCAGGGCUGAGCCGCCUGUACAGCAUCUUACAGACUUCAAACCCGUCCUGAGUACAGAAGUGCUUCUGCACACAAGAACACAAAUGACUUCCUGUAACCAGAGUAACUGUGUGUGGUGACUGGGCUUCAGCUGUGUUGGUGUUUAAUCAAAGAUUCAGUAUUAAAUCGAGGUUCAGCAGGUUAUUAAAGUCAUUCUGACAUUUUGAUUAUUGUGCCAACUUUAUCAGCUGUUGAUCAGUUCUACCAAACUUCACCUAUCAGCCUUACUUCACCUGAUCACCUGACCAAUAUGUGUUGAUUAAUCCUGUUCAUGUAAAACCAUUAAAGUCGUGUGUCUGUGGUGAGCUGAUGCUCAUAAUGCAACUU